AUUUCAGAUAAACUAAUUUCGAUGUAUUCCGCGACAGUGUAGUUAGGUUAAGUGAGGUGUCUAUUCAAAUCAGAAAACCCAAAAACAUUUUCCUACUGAACCCAUUUGAUUCGACAACGCAAUGUUGGAAAUUCUACCAGAUUCAGCCUGUCUUUCAAAUUUAGACUCGCAAUCUGGAAAUCUGUUGCUCUUCCUACUCAACACGUUGCUCGCCAGCCAAUGUGUUUUAAAAAAUCCUGCUAACUAUCCACCCGAUAGGAGUUCUGAAAUACAGGAUGGGGAUCGUUUCGAUUUUAUAGUAGUGGGCUCUGGAUCUUCUGGGUCUGUGGUUGCUACCAGACUGGUGGAAACUGGGAGAUUCAAGGUUUUGGUUGUAGAAGCAGGCGGUAUUCCAUCAAUUACAUCAGAAAUACCAGCUCUUUGGACCAACAUGCAGUUCACAGAUCAAGUUUGGAAUUAUCCCACUGAACCAUCAAACACUUCUUGUUUAGGAUUUCAAAAUGCAUCUUGUCUCUGGCCAAGAGGAAAACUAUUAGGAGGUUGCAGUGCCAUAAACGCUAUGAUCUACGUCAGAGGAAACGACAAGGAUUACAAUUCAUGGUCAGAAAAAGGUAGCGAGCUCUGGAACUAUGAACACGUCUCAAACGCAUUCAAAACCUUCGAAAAAUUGCAUUGUGAUGAUCAGACAAAUUUUGACGUUAACGGAAAGGGAGAUUUACUCCCUUUAGGUAGAACUCAAAUUGAAGAAACAAUCCAAAAUAUAUUAUUCAAAAGUGCAGAACAGCUUGGCUAUGAUAAACCAAAGCAAGAUGGUCAUGUAGGAUUUUUCGAAAACUUACAAACUGUACAUGAAGGAGUUAGGAUCAACUCCGCAAAAUCCUUCCUAGGUUCAGUUCGGAAUUCUGUAAAAUUGAGUCUAAGUAUGAAUACUUACGUACGGAAAUUGAUUAUAGAUGAGAAUAAGAAGAAGGCUGAAGGAAUCGAAGUCACCAUAGGUACCAGAAAACUCAAACUUUUCGCUGACAAAGAAAUAAUCCUUUCAGCGGGAGCCAUAAAAACACCACAGAUUCUCAUGUUGAGUGGCAUAGGACCAAAAAGACAUUUAGAAAGCUUAGGUAUCAAAGUAACACAAGACCUCAAUGUUGGAGGUAAUUUACAGGAUCACCUAAUGGUGUUUGUAUAUUCGAAGGUCAGUGACGAAGCUAUGAAACCAAUCAACAUUCAGGACGAAAUAUACAAAUACUACGCUCACAGAGAAGGAGUACUGAGCACCACUGGCUUAUUGAAUAUACAAGGAUUCAUCAACACUCGAAAUGAUACAAAAUAUCCUGAUAUACAACUUAUUUAUUCACCAUUACGAAAGAACGAUUUAGAAGUAAUAGAACUGAUAAUGAGGAGUUUCAACAUGGAUCCUGUUGUGACGAAUAAUGUUUUAGAGUUUUGUAAGAAGAACCAUGUACUGGUCACAGUAGUCGUUUUAUUGAAACCUAAAUCUAGAGGUAAAAUACUAUUGAGGAGCGAUGAUCCUGAACAGCCACCCUUGAUUCACACCGGAUAUUUAUCUGAUGAAAAUAACGAAGAUUUGGACACUCUACUUAAGGGAAUACGAAUGGCAGAAGCCCAAAUAGAGACGAAGGCUUUAAAAGAAGUCAAAGCAGAAAUUUUAGAUAUUGGUUUACCAAACUGCAAAGGCCACGAGUUCAAGUCGGAUGACUAUUGGAGAUGUUAUAUACAGAAUAUCGGUACAACAAUCUACCAUCCAACAUCAACAUGUUCCAUGGGCCACAAAGAUCAAGAUGAAGCUGUUGUAGAUCCAAGAUUGAGAGUUAGGGGUGUGAAGAAUUUGAGAGUUGUAGAUGCAAGCAUUAUGCCUUCUAUAGUUAGUGGUAACACGAAUGGACCUUGUAUGAUGAUAGGACAACGAGGAUCGGAGAUGAUUAUUGAAGAUCAUAAAGAUGUUCAUAAUGAAUUAUAAUGUAGAAAUGAUCCUUGGUCAGAAAAUAGUGGCAUUUAUUUACAUGCAUUUCAGUUAAGUGAAUAUGGGAAAGUCUAUUAGAAACCAUGUAUUUUUGAUAAGAUCAUUUUUCUAUGCCGUUAUUGUUUUCUAGAUUUUUCAUAACGAUGGACAUUAUUCCUCGAACACCAUAUUGUAUUAUAUUCGAACUUACUUAGGGAAAUCAAAGUGCAAAAUAUAAAAUGAAUUCGUUGAUUAAUAUAUUCAAUUAUUAAUAUAAUUUCUAGAUCAUAUAAUAUCUAAAUUUAUAAUGAGAGUAGGUAUCUAAUGAGAUACUGAUUCUUUUCGAUAUUCAAUUUCAAAUUUGGAUUAUUUAUUUUGGUUUAUAAGAGUCAAAAAAAUCGGAAGAAACACCAUCCUUUCUAUAAAAUAUAAAUUUAAUAUUUAAUAGGACAUAAAAAUUGAAUUUUUAAUAAUAAAAAUAUAAUUUUUCUUCUAAUUUUUUUUCGUCCAGUUAUUGUAUUCAUUAUUAUCACUCAUUUGCAGUGUCUAUACUAAUAAUGUAUAUUUACUUACAAUAUUUCUUCAUAGUCUGUAUCGAUUAAUGUGUAAAGGGUGUUUUUUUUAGAGCUAUAGAACUUUAAAUUGCAAUAAAACAACGAUGUAUUAUU